AAAAUCAGAAUAAAAUUUUAGUUGGUUCACUAAAUUUUGGUUAGAAAGCACUUCUAUUUUAACGAAAGAAAAAGUGGCGUUUGGGUGAUUUCUUAUCUUCAACACAGAUGGGCGAUUCAAUUCUCCGAGGAGCUAGAAUGGCCGCCGAUUAAGCUUAAUCAACCGCUCGAUUUCCAGGCGGAGCCACCGUCCACCAUCUUCCUUCACCUCAACCUACUUUUUCCGAGCUGGCCCCAAUGAGAACGUCGACAUUUCUUCAUUCCGCCUACUUCUUGUUUCCCGUUCGUGGCUUCACCUGUUCGACAUCCAGGAAAUCCAUUCUUUUUGUCGCGCCCUGUAAAUUCAAACCCGCUUUCUUCAAUUUGCGAGCUAAACCGGACCGGCUGGUUGUAUUUUGUUAUGGGGAUUCCGAGAGAUCUGUACGGGAUGAACAGUCUAUUGGGGUCGAAGAUUCGAAUGUGACUUUGGUGGAGGAGAAUGUAGAGCGAAAUCGAUGGAAUGUAGAACUGGGUACCCCUAGUGUUGGAUUUCAGCUGCUCCCCAAAUUGAGCUUGAGCGACAAGGCUUUUCUUCUCUUGACAUUCAUUGCCCUAACGACUUCUGUGGCAUUUACAAGCCUUGUCAUUGCAGCUGUCCCAACGCUUAAUGCAAUGCGCAGAGCAGCCAUAUCACUUUCAAAGCUAGCUGACACGGCUCGUGAAGAACUUCCUGGUACAAUGGCUGCCAUUAGACUUUCUGGCAUGGAGAUCAGUGAUCUGACUCUUGAACUAAGUGAUCUAAGCCAGGAAAUAGCUGAUGGGGUAAACAAAUCUGCUCAGGCUGUCCAAGCAGCCGAAGCUGGAAUUCGCCAGAUCGGUGCACUAGCCCACCAACAAACUAUGUCAAUGAUUCAAGAGAGAGCAAGCCUGCCAAUUAUUUCUUUACAACCCGUUGUUGCUGGAGCAGCAAAGAAGACUUCUCAUGCCGUUGGCAAAGCUACACGAACCAUUAUGAAAAUGAUCUCAGGAGGAGAAAGUGUGGAGAAUGAUGAUGAUAAUAGUUUAGAUAGACUGGAAGUUUGACUGGUUCCUUGCUGAAAUCGAAAUCAGGGUGUAAAUAUUACACGAGCAUAUAUCAUGUACUUGUCAAUACGACGAUGACCGAAAUACAUGUUCAGACACUUAAAAUUUGAAAUCUUUAAACAAAGACAUUAAACAGCUUUAUCUUUUUUCCUCCA